AUGGGGGAGGAGCCUGCGCACUCCAGGGCCGCCGUGCGUGGUGCCGUCUUGAAGGUGGAACUCAAGGACUUCAUGACGUACACGCAUGCCGUCUUCAACCCAGGCCCCCAGCUUAACCUGGUGCUGGGCCCCAACGGAACUGGGAAAAGCUCCCUGGUGUGCGCUCUGUGCGUCGGCCUCGGCGGAAAGACAGGGCUGCUGGGCAGAGCCGACGAAGUGUCAAACUACGUACGCCGAGGAGCUGACAAGGGUUGGGUGAAGAUCACGCUGGCUGGUGGCCCUGAGGGCCGCGAGACUCUCAUCCAGCGAAUCAUGUAUUCCAGCAAGAACUCCUCGGAUUGGAGCAUCAAUGGCAAGGAGUGCCUGAACCGGGAUGUGCAGGCAAGGGUGGCCUCGCUCAACAUCCACCUGGACAACUUGUGCCAGUUCCUGCCCCAGGACAAGGUCGUGGAGUUUGCGAGGCUGAACCCACAGGCCCUGCUGCGGGCAACGCAGGCCUCCAUCGGGGAGGACUCGCUCACCACAGCGCACGACAGGCUGAUCCAGGGCAGGAAGGACGCGGCGCGGCUCGAGAGUGCCACCAAGGCGCUGGCAGAGAGUCUGGAUACCCUGAGGGCAGCCAAUGUGCGGGCCGAGCCGGCGGUGCGUGCCUUGAAGCGGCGCAAACGGCUGAAGGAGGACAUACGGCUGUGCGGCUCCAAGAGUGCCUGGCUGAAGCACCGGAGCGUGGAGAGGAUGCUGAGAGAUGCGGAGCAGGAAUCCAUAGCCGCCGCAGACGCAGUGGCAGAACUGGAGGCGCAGAUCAGGGAGGAGACGGGGACCUCCAAGGCGCUGAGCAAGGAGGAGGCGGCGGCGGACAGGGUGCGCGCCAAGGCCCAGCGGAGCCUGAGCGUGGUGGAGGGGAAGCUCAACGGCACGGAAAGGGGCCAGAGCAUGCUGUCGGCGCUGGAGGAACUGGCCGCCAACCUGGGCGUCCGCCAGCGCGGCAUCGACGGCCUCGAGGGCGAGGCGGCUGGCUGGGAGGCUCGCAUCACGGGCCUGCGGACCCUCAUCGUGCAGCUGGAGCAAGAGGCCCGGGCGCCGCAGGACGGCGGCCGCACGGAGCUGGCCGCAGAGAAGGUUCGGCUGAGCCGGCUGCAGAGCGAUCUCCAGCUCCAGUCGCGCCUGCUGGAGGAAAGGGCGGUCGACGCCCAGCACACGCUGGGCCUCGCGGAGCAGGGCGCGCAGCGCUGGUCCACGGCCGUCUCGGAGCUUCAGGACACCAGGCGCCUGCGCCUGGAGGAGCUGAAUCGGCGGAAGCCCGGCAUCGCUAGGGCCGCGCAGUGGCUGGAGGCCAACCGGGAUCGGUUCAGGGGCAUGGUGCUGGGCCCUGUAGCCGCGUGCGUGGAGGUGUCCAGCAUUGAGCAUGCCCAGGCCCUGGAGUGCCAUGUGACUGCCGACAAGUGGACUUACUUUGUGGUGCAGCAUCGCGAGGACCAGGAUCUGCUGAAGCAGGAGCUCCAGCGCCAGUGCGGGUUUGACGCCAGCAUCGCCAACUUCACAGGCAACCCAGAGGAGGCCCUGAGCCGGCCCCUGGGCGAGGCCGCGCACUAUGCCAGGUAUGGCGUGACGCACUCGCUUGAUCAGGUGUUUGAGUCGCCGGCCUUGGUCAAGCACUUCUUGCAGGAGGAGAGCCGCCUGACCGAGGCCUUUAUUGGCAAUUCCCAGGCACAGGCAAGGAAGGGACAUGAAGCGGUCAAGGAGAUUCUGGCCCAGGUGCCCCGCCUCACCAACCUGUAUACCCCCAAGCUCUCCUAUCGACGCAUCCGGAGCCGGUACAACGCGAGUGCCGAGUCUUGCUCCAUCCUUACGAUCUCUGCCCCCCGCAUCUUCUCGCCCGCCUCCCUCACCCGCGGGUCGGAGCUGGAGGGAGCCCAGGCCAGCCUUUCGGAGUGCCAGGCCAGAGUGGCCAAGCACCAGGCGGAGCUGGCGGCGGUCCGUGCAGCGCAGCAGCCCAUCCUCCUGCAGGUGCAGGAGGUCGGGAAGCAGUAUGCCGAUGUCAGCGAGCAGCUGCGUGGCAUCCACGCCAGGGACAGGAACCUGGAUGUCACCCUGGACCAGAAGAAGCGAGAGCUGGCACGCCUCGCCGAGCAGGGCAGCCCCUUGACCAGGAAACCGGCUUUGGAGGAGGAGUCGGCGAGGAUCCGCGCCGCCGCCCAUGCUCUGGCCCUGGAUCUCGCGGCAACACUCCUGAAGCUGGGAGAGGCGCACCGGGACUUUGCUGUCGCCGACCUGGAGUGCAAGGCGCUGGCCUUGCGCAUGCUGGCCGCGAGGCAGGUCUCCACGGGACGCAUUCGCCAGAUGGACGGCCUGAAGCAGGAGGCUGGGGAGAAGAUACGCAGGGUCAUGCAGCUGACUCGAGAGCUGGAGGCUGUGCGUCAGAUGUUCCACGAAGCCUACAAGACCGGAGACGACGCGCUCUUUGCCCAAUUCCCUGACGAUCUCCUGGAACUUACGGAGCACCAGCAGACCCUGGAAACCGAGCUGGCUGGGCUGGUGAUCACGAAUCCUGGAGCAUGGGAGGAGUACCAGCUCAGGGAGGACCAGAUUGCCUCCCAGGAGCGUGAGCUCGAGGGCAUGCAGGCGCAGCUGAGUGCUUGCGACGCAGAGCUGCAGUCCGUCCAGGAGCAAUGGCUGUCCAGGAUCCGUAACAUCGUGGACCAUAUCAACGGCAGCUUCCAGAGGAACUUUGCUUCGGUGGGUUGCGCGGGGGAGGUGGUCCUGCGCGAGACGGAGCAGGACUUCGAGGGGUACGCCGUCGAGAUCAGGGUCAAGUUCCGGGAGUCGCAGCAGCUGGAGACCCUGGAUGCACACCGCCAGUCCGGCGGGGAGCGGUCCGUCUCCACCAUCCUCUACCUCAUCGCGCUCCAGGGAAUCACGGUGGCCCCCUUCCGCGUGGUGGACGAGAUCAACCAGGGCAUGGAUCCUAUCAACGAGCGCAAGGUGUACACGCAGCUCGUGGAGGCGGCAAGCAGGCCAGGAACGCCCCAGUGCUUCCUCCUCACCCCCAAGCUGCUGCCGGGCCUGCCCUUCAACGAGGCGGUGACCGUGCUGCAGAUCAUGAACGGCCCCUACAUCACCGACGUGGCGUCGAGCUACUCCCCCGACAUGCUGCUGGGGGGCCGGCGGGGCGCGUCCGCCGUCGCGCAGCAGCGGCCGCCGGUUGCCGCGCACUGA